AUGUCUCAUAGUGAUAAAAGAGAUUUUAAUGAAACAAUUGAUAGCGACGAAGAGCAAAUUUCGAAGAAGAGGAAAAUUAAACCACAAUCCGAGUCAAGCGACCUGUACUUGGAUACAAUCAAUCGACACAUGUUGGAUUUCGAUUUCGAAAAAGUCUGUUCCGUCAGCUUAUCAAACCUGAAUGUGUAUGCGUGUUUGGUCUGUGGGAAAUAUUUUCAAGGCCGUGGGCGUUCUUCCCAUGCUUAUUUUCAUAGUAUUCAUGAAGAUCACCAUGUGUUCAUUAAUCUACAUACAUUGAAAGUUUAUGUAUUGCCAGAUGGGUAUGAGGUAAAGGAUUCGACUCUGGAUGAUAUCAAGUAUGUACUCCAUCCGACUUUUACAAGAGAACAAGUAGCCCAAUUGGAUCAGAAUCUGAAACCGUCUUAUGAUUUAAAUAAUAAAAAAUAUCUACCAGGUUUCGUUGGGUUGAACAAUGUGAAAGCAAAUGAUUACGUGAAUGUAAUUAUACAAGCAUUGGCGCAUAUUCCUCCAUUGAGGGAUUACUUCAUACUGCAGAACUUUGAGAACAGAUCGCAAUUAGUCCAGCGUUUCAGCAUAUUAGUACGCAAAAUUUGGAAUCCAAAGGCGUUUAAAGGACAAGUCAGUCCUCAUGAGCUGCUGCAAGAGAUUUCCAACGCGUCAAACAAGCGGUUCAAGCUUUCUGAACAGAGCGAUCCGCUAGAAUUUUUAUCGUGGUUCUUGAACGCGCUACAUAGAGACUUGGGGGGAAAUCGGAAGGAAGAAAGCAGUAUCAUAUAUAAGAUAUUUCAGGGAGAAGUCAAAGUCGAGAAGCAAAGUGUAAUCGUAAAAGAAGAUGCUGACGAGAAGGAUCGGUUGACAUUUGAUCUUGAUAGAGAGAUCGUAACCACGACAUCGCCCUUUUUGUUUUUGACGCUGGACUUGCCUCCACCGCCACUAUUUCAAGAUGAAAUCGAAAAAAAUAUUAUCCCACAGGUUCCACUGACUGCCAUAUUAUCAAAAUACGAUGGGAACACAUCCCAAGAAUCAGCGGGAAUGCUUCGUCGUUUCCAAUUGACAAGAUUGCCAAAUUAUAUUAUAUUCCAUAUCAAGCGGUUCACCAAGAACAACUGGUCAUCGGAGAAGAACCCUACAAUAGUCAACUUCCCUAUUAAGAACAUUGACAUGCGUGAAUAUUUAUGGACAGACAACUCGGAUACCUCUCAAAACCUUUCGACUCACUUUGACUUGAUCGCAAAUAUUUCACACGAGGGGAAGCCAGGAAAGGGUAACGGCAUAUAUAAAGUCCAUGUACAGAAUAGAGGGAAAGAACAAUGGUACCAAAUACAGGAUCUGAUAGUCGAAGAGAUAAAUGCACAGAUGAUAUUCUUGAGCGAGAGUUAUAUCCAGAUUUGGGAGAGAAAACUCGAGACUUGA